AUGGAGGACGUAGCCCACGAAAGCGACAUCAGCAAAGGCCCCUCCUUUUCUGACGAAGAAAGGGAGAUCCUGGAACUCUAUGACCAGGUCCAGAAACUGGAGCUGGAGGUAGCUCUGGCCAAGGCCAGGGUACGCCUCGCCGAAGAGGCCGAGAAAGGAGGACGCGGCGACGACGACGAGCAGGACGAAGACGAUUCAGGCGAGGUCGAAGAGGCCAGGAACCAGCUCCUCGAGGCAAUGUCCCUGUACACCCUCCGCAACGGCGUCGUGAACAACGUCCUCAUCACCAACCCGCUGCUCAAGGGCAUCCACGGCAGCACCGCGGCGUCGCCCAUCGAGCAGGACAUCCUGCCCUGGGUUCAGGCCCGCGACGCGGCCUCGCGCGACGUCGCCGCGCAGUCCGCCGCCGCCCGCCAGGUCCUCGCCCAGCUGACCGACGCCGAGGCCGAGGUGCUGCGCGCGGCGCGGCGCAACCGCGAGCUGGCGGCCGAGGUCCUCCGCCUCGCGAGGGAGGCCGACCGCGGCAAGGUCGGUGCCGCCGGCGGUAGCGGCGACCCGGCGGCGGAGGCGCAGGUCGCGGAGCUGGAGAAGAGGCUCGCGGCCAGCCGGCAGAAGUGGAGGGUCAUGAAGGGCACGGCCAGCGGCAUCGUGGCCGGGAGCGGGGUCGACUGGGCGGCCGACCCGGUGCUGAGGGAUGUGGUGCUGGACCCGGAGUAG